AAACGAAUCGAUUCAAAAUAGGACGACGAGAAGUUAGCUGGGAUAUCACUUUCUGUGCUGAAUAAGUGAGCUGAGCACUGUGUGAUCGUGUUUACAAUGCUGCGAUGCUAUUUUGGAGAGAUGGUCCUUUCCUUUCGUCAUAUCGAAAACAAAACUAACCCCGGCAACUAAACUAGCAUUCUGGGCUGUCUUAUAAAAAUGAAGGAAGUUAGUUCAGGAGAGGCGUGAAUUAGUCGACUUCACUGAAAGAACAAGACUGGACCGUACUGAUCACUUUUCUGACAUGAAGCCUCGCAGUCAGGAGAUGAAUUUUACUCACUUACACCAUCGAUAUUGUUAUUGUUAUUCUAAACCGCGACUAAUGUGUACUAUUAUUGUUACUUUUUUUAGACUGAGUAGGAGAGAACCCGGAAACGCGGGACGGAUGAACCAUUGAGAUUUCAUUGAAAAACACUCACGUCAUGUAGGCUACAUCAAAUUUCGUCAACACUGUAACGUUACAUUACGUAAUGCCGACCACACCCGCGAAAACAGUUCUUCUUUACGUCAUGCCGUUUUGGAGUUAAAGCCGGAAAGCUUUUUCUGAGUGCGCCGAGGAAAACUUAAGACCGCUCACUACAACACGUCAUUGACACUUAUAAGACACCAUGGACCAAGACUCAGAGCGUGCUCGGUUUGUGGACAAACACUGGCCGGAACUUGUCCAGAGAGUACAGAUGGUGAUGGCGAUAGCGGAUGAGUUGCAGUCCUGUGGCAUGCUGCACUGGGAGCCGUUCUGCAAGAUCAAAGCAGAAAAAACUAACCAGGAGAAAAUGAGAGAGUUAUAUGAAGUGUUGAACUCUGGAGGAGACAAGGUUAAAUCUGCCUUUUAUUCUAGACUGGAAAUCAAUGAGCCAUCUCUGUUUAGCGACUUGGGCUCCACUGGACAUCACACACAUUCCUCAGAAAUCAGCCCAGUGAUUCACAAAUAUAUGAAGCGGAUCUACAGCGAGUAUCAGUUUGUGACUGAGUAUAACUCACUGCCUGGUGAACGUGUGCUGUUGUCUGAGCGUUUCACACAACCUCUGAUACUUCAGAAAAAUAGAGAUCAAAUAGAGCGAGAAGAAGAGAUCCGCUCCAGUGGAGAGCGCUUCCAGCAGGUCCUCGGCUCCAGGAGCAGUGGAGACUCUCUCCAUCUCAACUCUCUGUUCGACCCAGAUGACCACGGGAUCAGUCCCAGUUCUGUGAUACUGCAGGGAAACUCUGGAAACGGGAAAUCUUUCACUGUGCAGAAGAUCAUGAUGGACUGGGCAUCUGGUGACCUCUACAAAGAGCGGUUUGAUAUUGUGUUCCACUUAAAGUGUAAAGAAAUAAAUCGCAUUCCUGGUGAGAAGAGUUUGGUGGAGAUCUUGAGCUGCAGUUGUAGUUUAACAUCACAUGAGAUCUCACAGAUUUUACAGCAGUCGCCAGAGAAGGUGCUUGUGGUCAUUGAUGGAUUUGAUGAGCUGAAACUCCCACAGGACAUUAAUAAUGACACGUCAGCACACACUGAUCUGCUUCAGAAAGCCCGACCUGUGGACACUCUUUGUGCCCUGCUGAGGCGUCGAAUCCUGCUAAAGUCUUUCCUCCUGGUCUCCUCCAGAUCUACAGCUACGGACACACUCAGUAAACUGCUCAACGGACCUCAGCGUUUCUCUGAGAUUGUGGGAUUUUCAGAAAAGGGAGUAGAGGAGUACUUCCAGAAGUUUUUUCAAAAUGAGGAACGUUUCAGGAAGGCUUAUACAUAUGUGAAGGCAAAUGAAACCCUCAUCACUGCCUGCUCAAUCCCUGUCGUCUGCUGGAUCAUCUGCACAACUAUCCAGGAGCGAUUCACAUAUGGAGCAGAUAAGACAAGUGGACUGGAAACCACCACCUCCAUCUACGUGGACUUUGUGUGCACUCUUCUGGAGCAUCACUGCCAGGGUUUGAGUCAGUCCGUCCCGACCCUGCUGAGGAGUCUGGGUCAGCUGGCAGAGAGAGGGAUGCAGGAACAGCAAGUCCUGCUGGAUGAGAAAAGUGUGAAUGAAACCAUUUCAGACCCGACUGGAAAUCCAUUCUUGUGCAAGUUCCUGUUUAAGAGACGAAUCCACCAGGAGACGAUGUUCAGUUUCAUGCAUCUCAGCUUUCAGGAGUUCUUCACUGCUCUGUACUAUGUCCUUCUGGAUGAAGAAAAGUCCCUGAGGAAACUUACAAGGUCACUUUUAAUGGAUAGUUCUUCAAAACCACGUUUUGCAGCUGUGAUGCAAUUUGUAUUUGGUUUGUUAAAUAAGGACGUGAGACUCACACUUGAAAAACAUGGUCUGUUAAUUCGUCCAAAAACACAGGCUCAUCUGAAAGAAUGGAUUUUGGAAAAGAUUAAAGGUUGUUCCUUGUCUUCGACAGCAGUAUUUUUUGUUCUUCACUGUCUCUAUGAACUUCAUGAAGGAGACUUUGUGAAAGAAGCAAUGGGAUCCUGGAAAAAGAUGAAACUAGAUGGGCAAUCCCUCAGAAUAACAGACAUCUGUGCCCUGCUGUACUGCUGUCAGUGCUGUCAGAGAAUUGAAGAAAUUUCUAAUUUGUAUUUAACAUCGGAAGAUUUGUCUAUGAUUUUGCCUGUACUUGACAAGUUUAAAGAAGCAAGAUUGAUUGUAGAAGAUCCAUCAGACUCUGAUUUCGUUAAACUGAUCAACACUCUCACGAGAGGACAGACCCUGAGCUCACAGCGUGUUAGUGUAUUCACCUGCCAAACAAAGUAUAUCCAUAAUCCUCACUUGCUUGAUCUGUCAAUCACCAAAGAGCCGUCCAGUAUCUGCAUAGAGAUUCUCCUGCUUCACCAUCCGGAUUUGCGAUCAUUCAGUCUCACCUUUCAACACUCAGUGAUAAUCAACAUCGACUGGACCAGACUUUUUCAGAUAAUUCACCAAAGGGAUUCAGAUGUAUUACUGUCAUUUCUCUCUUCCUUCUCUAACCUGAAAAAGAUGAAAAUUAAAGUGAAUUGUCUAACUGAGAUGUGGUCAGUUUGGAUCCUCCAGAUGAGCCAGAAGUGCCGCAGUCUAACCGUACUCAUGGUAGAUGCUGGUUUAUUACAGGAGGAUGGAAUCGAGAUCUUGAAGAGCUCAAACACAAGACCAAGUUGUGUGAUAAUGACAAUUAACGGGUCCAUUUGCAAUAAACCAUCUCAAAAAUGCACAGAUUAUUAUGACCGCCAGUAUCGCUGCAACGAGGAGGUGAAGAUUCAUCUGAAUGACCAGGGCUUUUCUAUGGAGACUUUGGACAGGCCCUUGAUUUAUGAACGAAUGAGGAGAUAACUGCAAAAGUAGCAUCUUUAACUGGAGCUAUGGAUGGAAGUAAAGACACCAAACAACUCUAAACUCAUUUACAUGCAUUCCAAUCAUAAUAUUUGUGUGUCAAUUUGUUUGUAUAGUGUUUUUCUAAGGAGCUUUACAUAGUUUUACGAUGUUGAUAUUUUGUCUAAAUGUAAUACUUUAGGGGGAGAAUGGUUUAUGGGGGAAGAUAGCUUCAUAUAGAUCAUGUGACUGUGAUUGUAUUAAAUUAAAUUGUAUAUAGUUGUUGGGGUUGUUCAUUUAUGCUGUGAUUAUAAAUCGGUAAGGUUUUGUACAAUUUAUAUCAUUUUGGUGUACUAACAAGCCUAUUUACAAAUUGAUGAUUUUUAUUACUGCUAUUUCGGUCAUAUUACCCUUAAGCAGUUUAAGAAAAGCCGUAAUACACAGUACGUAAUCCUAAAAAUCUUCAGUCCCCGAGUGUGCCAGACAAAGAUGACUGUGGCAAGGAAUGAAAAACUUAAUCCUUUAAUUUUUUGAUUGCUGGAAUGUUAAACUUCAAACUUAUGUCUUGUAUAAAUGUAAUGGUUUCAUAUAGUUUGUCGGCGGAUGUUAUUAACAUGUUUGAAAAGAUCAUGUGUAUUCACACAUUUUCGGCUCUCAGGCGUCUUCAGUGUCUGUAUCAUUCCUCCAUGUGUAAAAUAAAAUAUGAUUUUUUUUUAUUUAUUCUAAAUGAUAAUCACAGUUGAAUUUCGGAAAGAAUUAAAAACUCAUUUACUAACAGA